AUGAUGUGGUUUUGCACGGUGGUGGCGGCCGUAGCGUUCGCGGCGGUGAACGUACGUGCCGAGCAAGUGCUGCUUCUCGACACCACCACUGAAGCGACGUUGGCCUGGACAAGGUUCCCUUACGGCCCGCAGGCGAGCACCCUCGGCUGGCUGGAGGAGUCCUAUACGGACUUCGAAAAACAAAUCAACUGGCGGUCGUACGUAGUGUGUGACGUCGCGCACAACAACGUUAACAACUGGCUGUGGACACCAUUUAUAGAGAGAAGAAAUGCAAAUAGAAUUUAUAUAGAAAUUAAAUUCACAAUAAGAGAUUGCUCACUGUUUCCUGGCAAUGCACUCAGUUGUAAGGAGACAUUUAGUCUGUUGUAUUAUGAGUUUGAUGUUGCUACUCGUGAACAGCCUCCCUGGGAGCCUGAGAGCUAUAAGCUGGUGGGCCGUAUUGCUGCAGGUGAAGGAAGAUUCAACACCAAUUCUGAGGUACACAUAAAUACAGAAGUUAAAAGCAUAGCUGUCACAAAGAAAGGAGUAUACUUUGCAUUCAGAGACCAGGGUGCUUGCAUAUCUAUAUUAGCAGUAAAGGUGUAUUAUAUAACAUGCCCUGAAGUAACUGUGAACUUUGCUAGAUUCCCUGCUACUCCUACAGGCAGAGAAGUCACAGUAAUAGAACAAGCCAAUGGUACAUGUGUGGAAAAUGCUGAGACUCCAUCAGGUGAGACCCCUCCAGUUUAUUUAUGUAAGGGUGAUGGUAAAUGGACCUUGCCCAGUGGUUCAUGCAAAUGUCGUGCUGGAUAUGAACCAGAUCGAGAUAAUCAACAAUGCAAGGAGUGUGCUCCAGGGAAGUUUAAGUCUCAUACAGGAGAUGAUCUCUGUACUCUGUGCCCUGACUAUUCUGAGUCCACAGCAUAUGCUGCAUCUGAAUGUAAAUGUGUUCCUGGCUUCUAUAGAGCUAAGAAAGAUCCAAAAAAUUUUCCAUGUACUCAACCACCAUCAGCACCAGACAAUUUGACAGUAACCUUUGCAGAUCAAUUUUCCAUAUCACUUGCUUGGCAGCCCCCACACAAAAAUGGAAGUCGCAAUGAUGUCACAUAUAGAGUUUAUUGCUCUAAUUGUGGUCCUAAUAUUGAAUAUAGACCAGCUUCAUCAGGAUUAAAUUCCACCAGAGUUACUGUGAUUGGUCUUGAUCCAGUGACAGAGUACAAAUUUCAAGUGUUUGCAGAGAAUGGUGUGACAGAAUUAACUGGCGAACAACCAAAGAAAGUGGAGAUAACGGCUGUUACUGAAGCAUCUGUUGUCAGUGUUGUAUCUAAAUUAAGGGUAACUAGUGCAGAAAGUGAUAAAUUAUCUUUAAUUUGGAAUCCACCACCCAUUGAUUUAUCUGAUCCAGAUGAUGCUAUAGAAAGUUAUGAAGUGAAAUGUUUUCCAAAGGAUAAUUUGGAGAAGGGUGCUAAUACCACAUUAAAAAUCACGAAAGAGUCCCAUAUUACCAUUACUGGUUUAAAAAGAGACACAGAAUAUGGAAUUCGAGUCAGGGCCAAAAUGAAACGUGGUUGGGGUGAAUUCAGUGGUAUAGUAUAUGCACGCACAGGGUCUGUGCUUGAAACAACUUUUGUAGGUGAAGAAGAAGGUGCACAAGUACGAUUAGUUGCUGGUGUAAUGGUUGCUGUGGUAGUCAUUUGUGUUGUGGCUAUUAUUGUUACUGUCCUUUUCCUGCGGUCCCGAGCCGAUGAUGAAUGUGACAAAAAACAACCAAAUGAUUGUCCAGAACGACCUGCUAAGACUAGCAGUAACGCCACAACACCACUUUUUGCUGGAACAGGGUCUAGAACAUACAUUGAUCCUCAUACAUAUGAAGAUCCCAAUCAGGCAGUUAGAGAGUUUGCUCGAGAGAUUGAUGCUUCUUGUAUUACUAUAGAGGCAAUAAUAGGUGGCGGUGAAUUCGGCGAUGUGUGCCGUGGUAAGUUGAAGGUGCCGGCUAGCUGCGGUCAAGAAAUCGACGUCGCCAUAAAAACACUUAAGCCUGGAUCUACCGAAAGAGCCAGGCGUGACUUCUUAGCAGAAGCCUCUAUAAUGGGCCAGUUUGAACAUCCAAAUGUCAUAUUUUUACAGGGUGUCGUCACUAAGUGCAAUCCUAUAAUGAUUAUCACUGAAUUUAUGGAAAAUGGUUCUUUAGAUACCUUUCUACGAGCAAAUGACGGAAAGUUCCGUGUUCUACAAUUGGUAGGGAUGCUACGUGGUAUAGCUACAGGGAUGCAGUAUUUAUCUGAGAUGAAUUACAUACAUCGUGAUCUUGCUGCACGAAAUGUACUUGUAAAUUCUCAAUUAGUAUGCAAAAUAGCCGAUUUCGGUUUGUCGCGCGAAAUAGAAUCUACCGCCGACGGGGCAUACACUACACGCGGUGGUAAGAUACCAGUACGGUGGACGGCACCGGAAGCAAUAGCAUUUAGAAAAUUCACUUCUGCCAGUGACGUUUGGUCCAUGGGUAUUGUUUGCUGGGAAGUGAUGAGCUUUGGCGAACGUCCAUAUUGGAACUGGAGUAAUCAGGAUGUAAUUAAAUCAAUAGAGAAAGGUUACCGUUUACCAGCCCCUAUGGACUGCCCGGAAGCUGUAUACCAGUUAAUGUUAGAUUGUUGGCAAAAGGAACGCACGCAUAGGCCAACCUUCUCAAGUAUUGUGAAGACUUUGGAUAAACUUAUACGCUGUCCUGAUACAUUGCGAAAAAUAGCACAAAAUCGUUCAGCGGAUCCUCUUGCCGGUGAUACGCCAGAUUUGGUCCAAUUCUCAUCUGUCGAGGAAUGGUUGGAAUGUAUCAAAAUGUCGCGGUAUAUAGAGAAAUUCCGCGCAGCUGGUAUCACAGACAUGGAUGCCGUGGUAGAUCUCACUGUACACCAGCUAGCAUCUCUUGGCGUAACCCUCGUCGGCCACCAGAAGAAGAUCAUGAACAGCGUGCAGAGCAUGCGUGCUCACAUUCGCGUCAGUGGCCCAUAUGGGUUCCUUGUUUAAACAUUGAGUGGUGUGUGUAGAGCCAGUGGUAUUCAGUGAUACUAUAAUUCGAGCUAUGCAAAUGAUAUUGACGCACAGUUUGUGGUCACAAGUGAUUUAUACUAAUGAGAAUAAUGCAUUUUGUAUAUUUUUCUAAAAGUACUCUCAUCGAUUUAGUGUAUAAGG